AUGGAGUACAAAGCCGACCGAAGUGACAGGUCCGGACUCUACUUUGGUGCCUCCGUGCCUCCUCCGGACAAGCUGGAGCUCAGCAGUCUCCUGCAGGUCAAGGACAAGUGGGGUGUUGCUGGAACCCUGGCUGAUAUGCGGAUGUGUGCGGCUACAUGGACUAUUGCACAGUGCUACCAAGAAGAAUUCUCGCGAACACCCGAUUUCUGGACAGGCUAG